AUGGGCUCUCCCAUCCAAUCCCCAAGCUCUCUCGGCGGCGAGUCCGAAUACUUGAGCACUCGCGAGGAUGCCACGCCGCUGGCAACCCCUCUUCCGAACGACAACGAAACUCGCGAUCCUCCUCGCGCCGGCUCUAGCCUCAACCGACCGAACACGUUCCCGCCGAGCGAAUCGACGAGCCUCUUGCAGAAUGUUCUCAUCGACCAUCCUCCAGCUAACAGCUACCCGAACGGAACAUUUUCGCCGCGACCUGCCAGCCCUGCUGGUAGCAUGGACCCCGAAUUUGACAGAGCAUCGUCCUCGGCGUCCGAGAUCCCAAUCUUGGAUCCUGUGCUGACCGCAAUUACGGGCGACGACCACUGGAGGAAGCGAUUUGUCAGGAAGAUCAAGAGCAGGAAGAUGCACUCCUCGAGAACUUUAGCAGAGCAAGCUGGCUUCAAGGACACCUACCAAUGGUCGUAUCUCAAGGGAGACCUCGUUGCAGCUUUGACGCUCGCCUCCCUCUACCUACCUAUGGCUUUGUCCCUCGCCGACAACCUCGCACAUGUCCCUCCGAUCAAUGGCCUGUAUGCCUUCGUCUUCAACCCAUUCGUAUACGCCGUUUUCGGCAGCGCGCCUCAGAUGGUGGUUGGCCCGGAAGCUGCUGGUUCUUUGCUGGUCGGGUCUGUGGUGAGAGGCAGCAUCGACCAUGACAAGGGCGACGAGUACAAUGCAGAGGUCCAAGCUAAGAUCUGUGGUGUCGUGGCGGGUAUGGCUGGUGCUACUGUCUUUCUUGCGGGUCUCGCCCGCCUGGGCUUCCUCGACAGUGUUCUCAGCAAGCCGUUCCUGCGCGGCUUCAUCUCUGCGAUUGGCUUCGUUAUUGCGGUCGACCAGUCUAUUCCCGAGCUUGGUCUUGCCAAGUAUGCGGCAGAAAUGGGCGUGGGCCAUGGAAGCAGCAUGGACAAGCUAGAGUUCAUCUUCAGCUCAUUCGACCACGUUCACAAGCUUACCUUCAUUGUUGCCGGGGUCAGCUUCGUAAUCAUGAUGACUAUGAGAGAGCUCAAGAAACACAUGGUGCCCAAGUAUCCUGGUGUCGCCUACAUCCCCGAUCGUUUCUUCGUCGUGGUCAUUGCCGCAGUUCUCUCGUGGCAAUUCGACUGGGAGAGCAAAGGAGUUGAGAUUCUUGGGCCGGUCAAGGCGGCUUCGGGUCAUCUCUUCCAAUUCCGCUGGCCCUUCCAGACUUCUCAUAUGGAGCAUGUUCGUGAAGCAAUGGGUACAUCCUUCCUAAUUGCGCUCCUGGGAUUCUUCGAGUCAUCCGUUGCCGCGAAAAGCUUGAGCAGCUCUGAUAGCCCGCACGGGAUCCAGCUGAGCCCCAACAGAGAGCUUGUCGCUCUGGGCGCCGCCAACAUUGUUGGAGCUUGCUUCAUGAGCUUGCCCGCGUUUGGUGGAUAUGGUAGAAGCAAACUGAACAAGCAGACUGGCGGCAAGACGCCAAUGAGCUCCAUCUUCCUCAGCUUGAUUACGCUUCUUGCCGUCUUCUUCCUGUUGCCAUACUUUUACUACCUUCCCAAACCGGUCUUGUCAUCCAUGAUUACCGUUGUAGCCUGGUCCCUACUCGAGGAGGCCCCGCACGACAUUGCCUUCUUCUUCAAGAUUCGAGGCUGGACUGAAUUGGGAUUGAUGCUCAUCAUCUUCGUGUCGACAAUCUUCUACUCGCUCACUCUCGGCAUGGCUAUUGGCGUUGGUCUGUCCUUGCUCCAAGUCAUCAAGCACUCGACUCGCCCUCGCAUUCAAAUUCUGGGCCGCAUUCCCGGCACGCAGCGCUUCGAAAACGCGGAGCUUAACCCUGAUAGACUAGAGUUUGUCGAAGGCUGCCUUAUUGUCAAGAUCCCCGAACCCUUGACCUUUGCCAACACUGGAGAGCUGAAGGCGCGUCUUCGUAGACUGGAGCUUUACGGCACGAGCAUGGCGCACCCUGCACUGCCGAGACUGCGGGGCGAACAGCAUAACAAGAAUGUCAUUUUCGAUAUCCACGGUGUCACCUCACUAGACGGAUCAGGCACGCAGGUGCUGUUGGAGAUUGUCAGCGGGUAUAGAGAGCGUGGCGUUAGAGUGUUCUUCAGUCGCGGCCCCACGAACCCGCGCCAUCAUAUAUGGAGACUCUUGAGACAGGCAGGCAUCAUAGAUUUGGUCGGCGGGGAGUCGCACUUCGUGACGGACGUUCAGGAAGCCUUGAAGUUGACCGAGUACGAGAACAGCAUCAGCGAAGUCGCGAAUGCCUGA